UUAUUCUAUGCAUAUAUUUAAACUUUAGGGUGUGAGAGAAAUUACUGCGUUUCAAGUCUUUGUCCCCUCUUCUUCCUCCUCCUUCCCUUCCCUUUUCCCUUUCUCUGCACUUCAUCUCUCUCUCUCUCCCCCCCCCCCCCCCCCUUGUUUAUCUUGUUUUUUUCUCUCCAAAAUAUACAUGUAACCUCUCUCUAUAUAUUCAUAUAUUUUUCUUCGAGUCCCGGUGUUCCCCUUUCCCUUUCUAUUUUCUUUAUAAUUUCACUCUCCUGUAUCCUGUUUCAACAUUAAACAAAACCCAAAACAGUUUUUAAUCAUCUAAAAUAUUUAUUUUUCUAAAAAAAUCAUUUCCUGUUUUUUGUUUCCUUUUGAUGUUGGCAUGGCUGGUUUAGAUUUAGGCACUACUUCUCGCUACGUUCACCAGCUUCAUCACAUACCUGACCUUCAGCUCCAGCACCAGCCUGAUCCUGAAGACGAGGAUCCCAAUAAGGCUGGAGACGGUCUUGGAAGUGUUGGUCGCUUUUCUACUGACCACAACCCCGACGAUGGCCUGCAUCAAGGCCUUGACCUGGUUGCUACUGCGGCCAACUCCGGGCCAGGAGACAUAAUGGCCCGUAGGCCUCGAGGCCGUCCACCUGGUUCCAAAAAUAAAGAGAAGCCUCCGAUUAUCAUCACUCGCGAGAGUGCAAACACACUGCGUGCCCACAUUCUUGAAGUAGGAAAUGGAUGCGAUGUAUUCGAGUGCGUGGGUAACUACGCGCGUAGACGGCAGCGUGGGAUUUGCAUACUGAGCGGAGCAGGAACAGUAACAAAUGUUAGCAUCAGGCAACCAGCUGCAGCAGGAUCUAUAGUGAGUCUACAUGGCAGAUUUGAGAUCUUAUCUCUGUCUGGAUCUUUCUUGCCGCCUCCAGCCCCUCCAGGCGCGACGAGCCUCACAAUCUUCCUUGCUGGAGGACAAGGCCAGGUGGUUGGAGGAAGCGUGGUGGGAGAGCUUACCGCAGCAGGUCCAGUUAUAGUGAUUGCAGCAUCCUUCACAAACGUGGCAUAUGAGCGGCUGCCUUUGGAUGAGGAUGACCAAUUGCUGAUGCAGAGUGGUGGAGGGGGUGGAGGUGGUGCUGGUGGUGGGAUUGGGGUUGGGAAUAAUGGUCCUUUUAAUGAAGCGGGAGCGGCUUCCGGGGGGCUUCCGUUCUUUAAUUUGCCGCUUAAUAUGCCAUCUAACGUGCAGUUGCCAGUGAAUGGAUGGGCAGGUAACUCAGGAGGUAGGUCUCCGUUUUGAGAGAAAUAAUCGAAUGGGUUGCUGGUGAUUUUGUGAUGUGUCGUAUUAUGGAAGCCAAUUGUGGCUUUGCUGGAUUGGAGCAGCGUUCUUCGGUUGGCUUUGUUGGGCUUGUUGAAUAAUAAAAGGUCAGCAAAAUUCAUGGAUUAUCUAUCCUCAAGAUCAUGAUCAUGUUACUUCUUCUCCAUCUCCUUCUUGAUCUUAUGGUGAUGUUUUAAUUUAGGGUAUAACUUCUCGCUUUCCCUGUCAUUUAUUCUCCUUUUCUUUUUAUUUUUUAGAUUCUGAUGGUUCCUUGAAAAUAGCCUCUUUGUUCAUUGUGAAACUAUCUUCUACUUUAUGAGAAAUGGUUUGAUGAUGUCUUGACUAUCUUAA